AAGGCAGCAAGUGGGACUUUACCUUUCUUUCAACUUUUGACAGUAAAUACCUGGGCACAGGACUUCAAAGCAGACCCAGGCAUCCAUCUGCUUUGCUCUUAAUAUUUUAAGAAUUAAAAGAUGAUGAGAACCAGGGACAAAAGCCACGGAGAGGAGGGUUCUGUCCACAGCAAUGCAUCGAGUCACUCAGCAUCUGAAGAGGCCUCAGGAUCCGACUCGGCGAGCCAGUCCGACAGCGAGCAGGCCAGCGAUCAUGGGAGCGAGUCCAACAGCAGCUCGGAGUCCUCGGAGAGCCAGUCCGAGUCGGAGAGCGAGUCGACGGGCUCUAAAUCUCGGCAGACGCCCCGCGAAGCAAAAGAGAAGCCGGCUUCCAAGAAAGAAAGGAUAGCGGACGUCAAAAAGAUGUGGGAAGAAUAUCCUGACGUUUAUGGGGUGAGGAGGUCAAACCGCAGCAGACAGGAGCCCUCACGUUUUAAUAUUAAAGAAGAGGCAAGUGAGUCUGAGAGUGAGAGCCCCAAAAGAAGAAGCCAAAAGCAGGUGAAGAAAACAGAGAGAUGGAGGCGGGAGGGCUCCGGCGAGGAUGGGGAGGACGAACAGGACCAAGGCACCAGUGCAGAGAGCGAGCCGGAGCAGAAGACGCUGAGAGCCCGCAGGCCCAACUUGAGGAGACCUCUGGGCAAGACGGCGGCAAAGAAGGCCCACAGGCCCCAGCGUGGGAAGAGGAGGAGGAAAACAGAGACGUCGGAGGACGAGGAUGACGAUGAAGAUGACGAGGCCCCCAAAAGACAGACCCGGCGCCGAGCAGCCAAAAACGUCAGCUACAAGGAGGACGACGAUUUUGAGACGGACUCGGACGACUUGAUCGAAAUGACCGGCGAAGGGGCCGAGGAGCAGCAGGAUAACAGUGAGACCAUCGAGAAAGUGAUGGACGGGAGAGUUGGCAGAAAGGGAGCCACUGGGGCUUCCACGACCGUCUAUGCGAUGGAAGCCAGUGGUGACCCCUGUGCCGAUUUCGACCCCAAGGAGGAGGAGGGAGAGGUCCAGUACCUGAUCAAGUGGAAGGGCUGGUCGUACAUCCACAGCACGUGGGAGAGCGAGGAUUCCCUGCAGCAGCAGAAAGUCAAAGGCCUGAAGAAGCUGGAGAACUUCAAAAAGAAAGAGGAGGAGAUCAAGCAGUGGCUGGCCAAGGUGUCCCCUGAGGAUGUGGAAUACUUUAACUGCCAGCAAGAACUGGUGGCAGAAUUGAACAAGCAGUAUCAGAUAGUGGAACGGGUGAUCGCUGUAAAGACAAGCAAAUCAGCCACAGCUGGUUCUCAAUUUCCAGCUCACAGCCGCAAAUCCUCCUCUAAUGAGCCGGAAUACCUUUGCAAAUGGAUGGGACUUUCGUAUGCCGAUUGUAGCUGGGAAGAUGAGGCCCUGAUCAGCAAGAAAUUCCAGCACUGUAUCGACAGCUUCAACAGCAGGAACAACUCCAAAACCAUGCCCACUCGGGACUGCAAGGUGCUGAAGCAGAGGCCCCGGUUUGUCGCCUUGAAGAAGCAGCCUUCAUACAUCGGUGGGGAGAACUUGGAACUCCGAGAUUACCAGUUGGAAGGCCUCAACUGGCUGUCGCACUCAUGGUGCAAGAACAACAGCGUGAUCCUGGCCGACGAAAUGGGCUUGGGGAAGACCAUCCAGACAAUCUCCUUCCUCUCCUGCCUUUUCCACCAGCAUCAGCUGUACGGCCCCUUCCUGAUCGUGGUGCCCUUGUCCACCCUCACCUCGUGGCAGCGGGAGUUUGAAAUCUGGGCCCCCGAGAUCAACGUGGUUGUCUACAUCGGAGACCAGAUGAGCAGGAACACUAUUCGCGAGUAUGAGUGGAUCCACUCUCAGACCAAACGGCUGAAAUUCAAUGUGGUCAUCACGACGUAUGAGAUUCUCCUGAAAGAUAAGGCUGUCCUGGGAAGCAUCAACUGGGCCUUCCUGGGUGUGGACGAAGCACAUCGCUUGAAGAACGAUGACUCUCUGCUGUACAAGACGUUGAUCGAUUUCAAGUCCAACCACCGGCUGCUCAUCACGGGGACGCCGCUGCAGAAUUCCCUGAAAGAGCUCUGGUCCCUGCUGCAUUUCAUCAUGCCGGAGAAGUUUGAGUCCUGGGAAGAUUUUGAAGACGACCACGGGAAGGGGCGUGAAAAUGGCUACCAGAGUCUCCACAAAGUCCUGGAACCAUUCCUUCUGCGCAGAGUGAAGAAAGACGUGGAGAAAUCUCUCCCUGCCAAAGUGGAGCAGAUCCUGCGUGUGGAGAUGUCCGCCCUACAGAAGCAGUAUUAUAAGUGGAUUCUGACCCGGAAUUACAAGGCCCUUUCCAAGGGGACCCGGGGCAGCACGUCCGGUUUCCUAAACAUUGUGAUGGAGCUGAAGAAGUGUUGUAACCACUGCUAUCUGAUCAAGCCACCUGAGGAAAACGAGCGGGAGAAUAGCCAGGAGUUGCUCUUGUCUUUGAUCAGGAGCAGCGGGAAGCUCAUCCUCUUAGACAAGCUGCUGACCAGGCUGCGGGAGAGAGGGAACCGGGUCCUGAUCUUCUCCCAGAUGGUGAGGAUGCUGGACAUCUUGGCCGAAUACCUGGCCAUCAAGCACUACCCUUUCCAGCGCUUGGACGGCUCGAUCAAAGGUGAGAUCCGAAAGCAGGCGCUGGAUCACUUCAACGCCGACGGCUCGGAGGAUUUCUGCUUCCUGCUCUCCACACGAGCCGGAGGACUGGGGAUUAAUUUGGCCUCUGCGGACACCGUGGUGAUCUUUGACUCCGACUGGAACCCCCAGAAUGACUUGCAGGCCCAGGCUCGGGCUCACCGGAUCGGGCAGAAGAAGCAGGUGAACAUCUAUCGCUUGGUGACAAAGGGGACAGUGGAGGAGGAGAUCAUCGAGAGAGCCAAGAAGAAGAUGGUGCUGGACCACCUUGUGAUACAGCGCAUGGACACCACAGGCCGGACUGUCUUGGACAACAGCUCUGGCCGAUCCAACUCGAACCCUUUCAACAAAGAGGAGCUGACGGCCAUCUUGAAGUUUGGAGCGGAAGACCUCUUCAAGGAAGUGGAAGGGGAAGAAUCAGAACCACAGGAAAUGGACAUAGAUGAAAUCUUGCGCCUGGCUGAAACGCACGAGAAUGAAGUGUCCACAAGCGCGACGGAUGAACUUCUCUCACAGUUCAAGGUAGCCAACUUUUCAACCAUGGAGGACGAAGAGGCAGAGCUGGAAGACAGAUCGCAGAAGGACUGGGACGACAUCAUCCCCGAGGAUCAGAGAAAGAAGGUGGAGGAGGAGGAGCGUCAAAAGGAACUGGAGGAGAUCUACAUGCUCCCCAGAAUCCGCAGCUCGGCUAAAAAGGCCCAGGCGAAUGACAGCGAUUCGGACAGCGAGAUGAAGAGAAAGCUGCAGAGAUCCUCAGGAUCUGAGAGCGAGACAGAGGACUCCGACGACGAGAAGAGGCCCAAGCGCCGAGGGCGGCCCCGGAGCGUUCGGAAGGAUAUGGUGGAAGGGUUCACGGACUCAGAAAUCAGGAGGUUUAUCAAGGCCUAUAAGAAGUUCGGAGUUCCCCUGGAACGACUGGAGUUCAUCGCUCGAGAUGCAGAGCUGGUGGACAAGUCGGUGGCCGAUUUGAAGCGCUUGGGAGACCUCCUUCACAACAGCUGCGUUUCGGCCAUGCAAGAGUACGAGGAACAGAUGAAGGAGAACCCGACGGAAGGCAAAGGCCCAGGGAAGCGGAGGGGCCCCACCAUUAAGAUUUCCAGCGUCCAGGUGAACGUGAAAGCCAUCAUCCAGCACGAAGAGGAAUUUGCGAUGCUGCACCAGGCUAUCACCGCGGACCUGGAGGAGAGGAAGAAGUUCUGCCUCUCUUGCCGUGCCAAGCCCGCCCAUUUCGACGUCGAAUGGGGCGUGGAAGAGGACGCCCUCUUGCUUCUGGGUGUUUACGAGCACGGCUACGGGAACUGGGAGCUGAUCAAAUCGGACCCGGAGCUGAAAUUAACGGACAAGAUUCUGCCUGUCGAGCCUGACAAAAAGCCCCAGGGGAAGCAGCUCCAGGCCCGAGUGGACUACUUGCUGAAACUGCUCAAGAAGGACCUGGAAAAGAAGGAGGGGGGGGUGAAGGAGCCCGAAGAGAGCAAGCUGAAGAAGAGGAAGGCCCGUGUCAGGAAAGAAAGCAAGUCUCCCAAGGGAAGGGAAGAGCAGGGGAACGACGCGUCCUCCCCUCGGCACUCCGACAACCCUUCGGAAGAGGGCGAGGUCAAGGAGGAUGGAUUGGAUACAAGCCCCUUGAAAAAGAAGCAGAAGAAGAAAGAGAAUAAAGAAAACAAAGAAAAACAGUCAGCUAGCAAGAAAGAAAAGGAAGGAGAGAAAGAGAAAAGGAAAACGAAGGACAAGAACAAGCCGAAAGGCGGGGACGCCAAGGCUGGCGGCAAAGGGAAAAGAGUUCAGGGACCCGUCCACAUCACCGCGGGAAGUGAGCCCAUCCCAAUUGGGGAGGACGAAGAUGACGACUUGGACCAGGAAACUUUCAGCAUCUGCAAAGAGCGGAUGCGGCCGGUCAAGAAGGCGCUGAAGCAGCUGGACAAGCCCGACAAAGGGCUGACGGUGCAGGAGCAGCUGGAGCACACCCGGAGCUGCCUGCUGAAGAUCGGCGACCGCAUCUCAGAGUGCCUGAAAGCCUACUCCGACCAGGAACUCAUCAAGCUGUGGAGAAGGAACCUGUGGAUCUUUGUGUCCAAGUUCACGGAGUUUGAUGCCAGGAAGCUACACAAGCUAUACAAGAUGGCUCACAAGAAGCGGUCCCAGGAAGAGGAGCAGCAACGGAAGAAAGAAGAGGCCGCGGGAGGGAAGACUCAGGACCCUUCCGGCUCCGGCCGCGAUGCUGCGAUCCCCCAGAUCUCCCACGGCCCCCACCCGCAGAAGUUCCACCCGCCCCCCACCCACCACACCCAGAUGCACGGGCACCAGAGGGACAGUUACAGCCACCCAAACAAGAGGCACUUCAGUAAUGCAGACCGGGGUGAGUGGCCGAGGGACCGCAAGUUCAGCUACGGGGGCAACACCAACCAGAUGUGGGGCGGAGAGCGGCACCACCCGUACGAGCAGCAGUGGUACAAGGAGCACCACUACGGAGACCGCCGGCUGCGCGGGGAGCCGCACCGCACCUCGGGGAACUACCGGCUGAACAACAUGUCCCGCAAGCGGCCGUACGAGCCGUACAACAGCGACCGAGACCACCGCGGUCACCGGGAUUAUUACGAGAGGCACCACCACGAUUCCAAGCGGCGGAGGUCUGAUGAGUUCAGGACCCCGAAUUACCACCCGCAGGACUUCAGGAGGAUGUCUGACCACCGGCCUCCCAUCGGGUACCACGGCCAGGGCCCCUCGGAUCAUUACCGGUCUUUCCACCCAGACAAAUCGGCAGAUUACAAACAGCUGCUCCCCCUUCCGCACUCCCAGGUCUCGGACCCUCGCUCCCCUCCAGCACAGAAGUCCCCACAUGAGCCCAAGUCUCCUCUGGACCACCGGUCGCCCCUGGAGAGGUCUUUAGAACAGAAGAACACUCCAGAUUAUAACUGGAGCGCCCGGAAAACCUAGAGGGCCGGGGAGGAGAGGAGAGGCGGGAGAACCGCACUUGAUCCGAGGUGAACAGCACCUGUUGGUUUACCAGACCCAGACCCAGAGACUCUAAACAGGCUGCCGUCGGGCUGGGCUUUGCGGCUGAAGGAUCGUAGGAGCCGGACAUGGUUUGAGGCGUCUGAAUUCCUGUCCCGAUCUCUCCUCCCGUAACCCUGCGGGCCGAACACCGGGAGUUGCUUUCCUCGCACUGUGGGGAAAGGGCAGGCCUGUUGGGUUCUCCCCUCCCCCCCCCAAAUCCGUUUUCAUGCACCCAAACGCCGAAUUGAAUGGACUCCCAUGAACGCCGGGGAGUUUCGCAGUCGUGCCUCGGGUCCCGGGACUUGGAUGUUCCGGCUGUUUAGGGUGCGGGUGGGGAAAGGAGUUGUGCGACGUUGGAGUUAGGAGUCGGGGCGUCGAUGGAGGGGUGAGCGUGUGGGGAGGAGGGGGAACCUGGACUGUCGCCGCAGCGGCUCAACGUAUGAAAUAGGGGCUGGGGGGGAGGGGGAACUGAUGAGGAAGAGUAGAACCCCGAGCUGGGUGAAACGGCCUUUCCGUAACCGAAACGGAGUAUUGUUGUGCUGUGGCCCUUGGAGACGGGGGGGAGGGGGCCUUCCGUAUGCGAUGCCAAAAGGAGCCGGAAGAGGCGUGAAUUCCUCACCCUAGUCUCGUUCUCCUUCCAGUUGCAUUUCAUGUCACGGUGCUGUGUACACAGCAGGCGGAAGUAUAGACAGUGUUCUUCGAGGGGGGGUCCCCCGAACGUGAGGAAGAGGGGGUCCCGAUAUGUGACAGAGAGGAGUCCCCCACAAGUGGGUUAAGUCACUCCUUCAGGUCAGCGGCGAGAGGCAGGACUGGGCGCUCGGGAGUUUGGCUUUGUGGGAAAGUUUCGGCAUUUGCUGACAGAGGUUCCAGUGCUGGGGCCCCCCUCAUUCCCCCCACACACUCUUGCCCUCGACAACAGCUGUAAGGCUGACCCAGACGUCUGACACGGAGAGACUUUCCCAGCGGCAGAGAAAGCACACGGUCACGAUUCCAAACAGAUGUCAGAUGUCAGAUGCCCACGAAUGUUUCAAGGUGGCCGGGAGAGCACACCGGCGCCCUCUAGGGGGGACGGAAGAACACAGCAAAGCGGGGGCGUCGCUCGGCCCGGAAGCAAAGCGGACCGCUCAGCCCGUUAGGCGCAAGCCCGCAGCGGACGCUCCGCCGAUCAGUGAUCGCUGGGGGGAACGUCACGGGCAUCGGCUCAGGAAGAUCCUCACUGGCUCUUGCGUGUUUGUACGCCCGUUGGAGGACCACGCCCCAAAUCUGUGUGCCGUUCCGGGGAAUUUGACGCUAGCUGGUCUUGUGGACGCCGAAGGAGUAGGACACCAAGGAGCCCCCUCUGACGAACCCAGCCAUGUAUUAAGGCCCAAAGCGCUGGGGCGUUCCUCAGACUCACGCUCUGAAGCUGGCUGCUGCACCCUGUCUGCAGGUGGCGGCCUGCGAUUUCCCGCCAAGCGAGCGGGAAGCAACCCGAAACAAACCCAGAGCACAGUGUUUUGCUUUCCGGGUGGCCCCUCGUCUUACUGCCUGGUAACGCUGCGGCCAGGUGAAUUCCAAAAGUGUUAAGCGUCCAGGAGUCAAAAACCCUGAGUGUUUCCGAGAGGGUUCAACCGGGGAGACGCUCAGCAUCCGGGCAUCGUCUGUGAUCUGAAUAAGCCACGACAGUAGGAAAUACACUAAAAAAAGUGUAAAGGGGUCCACUUACUUUCAGACUGGGUGGCUGGCAAAGAGUAUGAAUUGAUUCUGAACGGCUCUCCCCUUCCUGAAACGCCACGGUCUUAAUGAAGGAUAUUUACGUGCCAUAACGUUGUCGCCAACAGCGGGACUGACAAUUAAGGGAUUUGCGUGUAUGUCUGUGUGUUUGAGGAACACCCAGUCCUCAUAGUAUUACAGGGAAGUAAGCCCAGCUGACGUGGACGGGAGUUGCAUUUAAGUCAGGCGGCUCUGCAGAUGUGGACGAGGGGUUUCCCUGAGUGGGGAGAGGAUAUUAUUUCAAAGGGGGGUAGGUGUUUCACAACCUUCAGAAAUCUAGCCCACGGAAAACAUCAGGAGAUUCUCCUUUUUUUUUUUUUAAUGAAGACAGGUGAUGGGGUGACCGGCAAGGGUGAAAAGCUUAACCUGCGACUUUUGAAAAAGUUUACACUUGAUGGGGAAGGGUUUGUCCGGGCUCGAGGAACGAUCAGAGAGUAUCAGAUGAAGGGGAAAUACUAAGCACGAAGCUGGGAGCCGUCAGCACUUGAAAAAAAAAUCCAGUAUUGGAAUCGGAAGUGUGGUGGUGGAUGGGGGGGGGGGGGGGACACACUUUGUUAACCAAUGGCUACCAUCACUCGGUAUGCCGAUUCUGCCACACCUUCUUCUACGCCCCCCCCCUCCAGCCCCUGAUCGCUUGCAGUUCUGCAGGCCCGAGGAAGGGGAGGGGGAAAAAAAUCACACUCGUCUUUAUUUCCGAUCUCCCUCUACAAACGGUGUUAAAACACUCGACUUGGAAGUAAAGGGGAACCUUUGCCGUAAGAUGAAUGCUGAAUUGGUGACCAGUUUGGGCUGGUUUAUUAAUGGAUUCUUUGUCGGGGGGGGGGGGAUGGAGUUGCCGCCACACAUUUCAGUGACCCACAGCACAGUUUGGGGUCUAUCCAUUGCAGUGUCUCCAGUAACCAGGAGGACGGAAAGAGCCUUUCCUCACAAACUUAUGGAUUUCAAAGGGGAAAAAGAGAACCCCUGUGAACUUAACGGCAAGGGGGAAGCAAACCAGUAAUUAAUAUUAAUUUAUAUUUGUGACAAAAAAAACACACUUGGCCACUGUUCUAGUGAUUUCUGAUGUAAAUAUGUUGUUUAUAGAGUAUGUAUUAAAUUUUCUUACAUUGUAAAAUGGUUUGAUUCUUGUAUAUUAAAACGUG